AACAUUGCUCUCAGAAUUUUUCAUUAAUUAUCACUGAAAGUUUUUGAAGACAUUCAACAAAAUGAGUUCGCAAACGUGGCUUCAUUUUUUGCCAUUAUCUGUAUUUUUUAUCUUCCCUGCAACGUUCUUGAUCACGUAUUGCAUAUCAGUAUUGCUGGGGCACACAGAGCCUGACUUCCCUUACAUCAGUGACACUGGAACCUACUCUCCAGAGAGCUGUAUUUUUGGACAAGCUGUCAACAUGGGCGCUUGCUUGGUGGGGCUGACAGUGUAUGUGCGCUAUCGACAGAUAGCUGAACUCUACCAAACACAUUCAACUCAGUCAAACAUUCUCAGAGCUAACAGGGCUGCAGCAUUUUUUGGAUACAUCUCUGCCCUGGGCAUGUCUCUGUCAGCUAACUUUCAAGAGACAAAUGUUAUCAGUGUGCAUUUAGUGGGAGCUAUCAUGGCUUUUGGCGGUGGUACACUGUAUCUUUGGCUUCAGGCUGUGUGUUCCUAUGAAACUCAUCCUCUGCUGAACAGCAUGGGAGUGGCUCACUUGCGUCUUGGGCUUGGUAUCAUGUCUGCAAGUUUCUUCGUUCUGGGUUGUGUGUGUGCUGGCAUAGCACACUCUCUGUUUGAUGGUGUAGACCCCAGAAAGUGGUAUCCCAGCAACGGUGGCUGGACUUACCACGUCAUCAGCACCGCUUCAGAGUGGAUCUGUGCCUCAACAUUUGCCAUAUUCAUGCUGACACUUGUGCCCGAAUUUAGGAGAGUGUCCUUGAACAGCCCUGAGAUAUUCAUAGACUUGGAAACAUUAUCUAUCACCAGCAUCCAUGAAGCAUGUAAUUCCAUCGAGUCCAAUGGUGGAGGGUUAGCAUCACGAUCAAUUUCGGAUGAGUCUCUUGGACGUGCCCUCAUUCCCCAAAACGGUGAUAGAGACUCGCGUCAAGUCAUCGUCGUCGACGAUGUUGUUGGGGAUGUAGUUUCCUGAGGCCGGCGCCUGUGGGCAGCUGCGUCAGGAGCGAGUGGGGAUCUAAACACUUCUGUAGGUCCUUCCGUUGAUUAUGUUAGGUCGCCCCUUCUACCUGGUCCCAACCAAGGGACUGUCAUUCGAGAUCCUUUUGUUGCAGUUGAAGUUAUUCGGCCUCUUGGAACCGUAGUUCAAACCUCAUGCACCCACCCUGCUGUCACAACCACACUCGUAGCCAAUUCUGAAGAACCAGGUUUUUCUGGCGUCCAAACAAACGAAAAUGCUUCGUUUAGUGAUGUCAUGAGAAACUCUUUUCUCUCACUUUCCACAAAGAUAAGCCACAAGAAGAUGAAAUCCGUUUUGCGCUUGCCACGCAACCCAUUUGCUGUAUCUGCAGAGACUCCAAGCGAUUUAGACAGUCUUCUGGCGUCAGAGGCGUGUGAACCUGGAGAAGAAUGCCGUACUGAAGAAGAUCUGGUCAUUAGUGAUUCCAAAUCUUGUCUGAGCGAUAAUCUUGGUACGGAAGAUGUGUCAUGCCCAAUAUUCUGUCCACCUGAAGCGGCGCUUGGCUUGGAGGAUCAAAAGAAUACACAAUCUUGCUAUUUUAAUUCGCCAAUAAUUUGCAAUCUUACUAAAGAUGUCUUAGUCUCCCUGCCUUCUGAAAACCUUCCUAGUGUUAUCUCAAAUUAUGUUUCUGUAGCUCCUGCAAGUCCUCAGUGUGAAACUCAAUGCCCUUUUGGGUGUAAGGAUACUCUUAUGGACUCGAAAUCUUUGCAAGAGGCUCAGUUGUCCGCGCAAGACAUGAUGGCUUCAGGCCCCGUGCCUGACUUGCUACUCGAAUCUUCUCUGGUUGACAGCCGAAGGGCAGACAGCUGUGUUUGUUCUAGCAUUCGUCCCUAUCUUCAGCCUCUUGAUGGCGUGGUUUCUCCUACUGUUCUUGGGUGCAGUCGAGAAAAGUUUGACCAGUGCAAGUUGGAUUCAGGAGUGACUGGAGAUUUUCCUCUAGAUUUUAACCUUGUAAUGCCUUCGCAGAGGAAUGAUUUCACUCCUUGCAAUGUUGGUUCGGGAGUUCGCUUGUCAGCCUUCCCAGAUUUGAGUGUCACCGAGCCCCUGGGCGACGCAUACGUUGCCACCACGUCGUCUUCACCCAUAUUAUGUGAAGCAGAAGCUUCUCAUCUUGACUUGGCUGAGUCUUUUACAACAGUGGACUCAACGAAUCCGGAUCAGACAAUUUUUAGCGGCAAUUGUUUUCUUGAGUUUUCUUUUGAAUCCGGGACUACUGCAGUCACCGAUAAACGGACGCUUCAUGAGUCAGAUAAAGAAGUGACUGAAUCUGGCCAUCCAAAUGUAAAAGAUAAGGCAGCUAUAGAAAGUUUGGCUGAACUCUUGAUAUUUCUAGGGAAGAAUAAAGAGACGAUCGGAAACGUUGAUUUUGAUGUGAACAUCAGAGAAGAUGUCUUAACGAAUCUCAUGCGAGUGGGAUGCUCAUUAGCUAGUGAAGAGACCCAAGCUUCCGUUGCACAUUAUCUUGUCAGUCAAGCUAAUAAAAACGUUCUGCAAAGUAAGUCUUCCUCUCUUACUGCACUUGACUUGAGUGAGGUUCUCUCGAAAAGUGACGUGGAUUUACCGAGAUCUGCAUUAAACGAGAUGAGUUGUAUCGAUGAUGCCAGACAAACGCUGAACCCGCUAACAAGAACUUCGUCCGUUACCGCUGACCCUUAUCUUUUGAAAGAACUUGAUUCUGAUGACUUCACUGGAUCAAAUAUUUUGAAGCAGCUCAGAGAAAGAAAGGAAAAUACAAUCAUGGACGAAUUUUGCUCUGAAGAAUUUUUCCUGAAGUUAUUGAAACUGCUGAAGUGUUUGUCAACGAAUGGAAUGGGUGCAGAGGAGUUGAAGGAGAGACUGGAUAGGAACUCCCCGAGGAUAGAACGCAUUCCACUUAACAUUUUAGUUGAAUUAAUUCAGUUGUUAUGCCAGGAGGGCAACUGCGAUUCUCUCGUGAUACUCAUGAAUAAAGUUAAUAGUGUUUUGGUAAAAAAUCGUCAUUUUGAUACUUCAUUUAUGUCUAGUGACAAAGUGUCUUCCGAAAGCCCUAGAAGUGUUGAAAAUUCCGAGAAAGAUAUCCUUCUUUCUAAUAAUUCAAAAUGCUCUGAGGAAGAUAAGCAUUUGAAUGAGAAUCAGAAACGCUGCUCUGAUGCCUCAGGGGCAAAUGUUCCUUCAGAUGUGGAGAUCUCUCAUCCUAAUCUGUCCUUGGAUUCAAUUAAGGAUGGAGAAUUUGUGCGGAAUUUUACUCUUAGAUGUGCUGGCCCGGAUACAAGCCUUGAUAGCGUUUUAUAUAGCGAUACAAACGCUACUGCAAUACGGAGUUCACAAAGCCUCCCUGAAUUUCUUUCACAGUCUCAAAAUUUGCCCUCUACAUCGUCUCGUUCCUGUUCUUUCUCUUCGGAGUAUCAGCCUUGUUUAGAAACAGAGAACUUCCAUACGCUACCACCCUGCAAAGCAAAGUUAGCGUAUGAGCCAACUAAAAUACUUAGUCAUCCAGAACCCCAGAAAUUGAACUCUAUUAAGGUUAAUACUUCUGAUGCUAGCCAGGAUGAAAAAUUUUCAAUAUCUGCGGAAUUUUCUAACUCGAUAAGUGAUCUGAAUGCACCAGCAAAUGAGGCUCUGGUAGAUGAAUCCCUUGCAAGCAAUCGUAAUUCAGAAUUUCGAUCAUCUUCCUGCGAGGCCGUCCUUUCCUGCAGUCAGAAUUUUAGUUUUGCCCAAAGCGUUGCUUCAGUUGUGCCUACUUCACGCAAAUGUAUUUGUCCCGUAAUUCCCUCCUCUGCCGAGCCUUGUCCAGUGUCUUCUACUGUUGGAAGCUCUUGUAGUAAUAGUGUGUGCUCAACGUCUCGUUCGUUACUUACUCGAUCAUGCACCGCGUCGUCGCCUGACAUAGACCAUCAUUUUCCUCAUAAUUCGUCUACGAGUACUGCUUGCACCUCGUCUGGUGUUAACGAAGUCGCUGCUACCACAUCUGCUGUACAUGCAACUUCUGAAGUGCCUAGUAAUCCUCCCGCAAUAUUGAGCGUAGUAUCAGGUUUUCCGGCUGUGGUUGAAGGCGUUACUUCUAGGGAGAAUACGACACUCGAGCUACACAGUGUUUCAUCAGAUGGCGAUAUGACGAUCCAUAAAAAUGCAGUUGGUAAUGCUAGUGGUGAUUCUGUAUCUACACAGGAAAUGUCAUCUGUUGUUGAUGCCCAAAAAGUUGACACUAAAGAUACGGAAGUCUUCGCUCAGGUAGAAACCUCAGCGAAAGAAGAAACAGAUGCCACUCCUGGUUUUACAUCACAGUGCAAACAAGAAAACGAAACCCCUACGGAUAGCAGACAUGAAACGGCCGAUGGCACUUACACGGACAAUACAUCACUGGAACAUGAAACCAAAGGUUCCAUUUGUAAAUCAACUGAUGAAGAAGAAACAGACGUCACGGUCUGUAGCGAGGCAUGUCACGAACAGGAAACAGACGCGCUUACCAGUAGCGAGACUCCCUUGGAGCAGAAAACUCCUGCUGGUGAAAAGCAACACAAUAAAGAUGAAAGAGAGGGCGUCGUGGCGCUGCAGCACGAGAUCGUGCCUGUAAAGUACGUGCAGCUGUCGGUGAGCAUCGUGCUCGCUCUCGUCGUGCAUGCCGUGCAGUCACUCAGCGCGCUCAUGCUCGAGCUUUUCCUCGACACGCACAGGCAGGGACCGUACUGACGUGCCCAAGCGCAUGGCAUCCACUUGAACUACGCUCACUUGAAUUAUAUCCGAUAGAAUUACAAAGACUGAACGUAUUCGAAUCAUAUCUAUUUAAAUUACACCCACUUGAUCUACAAACACUAAAUUUACGAAUACAUUAAUUAGGCCCGCUCGAAUUACAGACGAUUGAAUUGCACACAUUCGAAUUACACUCACUGCAAUUACACCCACUUCAAUUGUACCCGUUUGAAUACUAAUCACUUGAAUUUCACCUUAAAUAACGUGUUCACGGUGCGCAUUAGAUUGACUUCAACAAACUGUUCAUCGUCGCUGCUGGGGCAUCAUACCUCUUCCUCGAUGAGGAGAACGACAAAAGACUACUUAUGAACUUUGUUAUCGUUAGAUUUGUUAUUACUCAUUAGGAGGUACUGCAAAAUUGUAUGCAUAAUUUGAAUCAUAUUCAUGUUAAAAGUGGCAACAAUUUUUCGUUAGCUUCCCUCUGACUAUGUUGCAUGGCAACAUAGUUUUCAUGUUGCGUUAAACAUCAUUCCACAAAUUAGUUAUGUGUUUUUAUUAAAAUUUUCUGUCUUUACGCAUGACAACGAUGAUAUUGAAUAUGCUUCUGGUCUGACUUAUUAGCUUAUAUGGAUCGAAUCAUUUAUUUUAACUAGUAGGAAAUUAAACGAAAUAUGCUCUAGGUUUACGACUUAGCUAUCUAUCGCGCGUCCAUGUUAGGUAAGUAUGGCUGUGAUUAUUACGUGGCGUAUUGCUAUAGUUUCCUAUCCUACGCUUGUUAUGUUUUAUUGUGCUUCUCAAUAACUAUAUUUUCCUUAAACUGACUAUUUUGCGCGAAGCGUCUUAAGUGCCGAUAGUCAUUCUGAUUGUAGGUCUGUGUCGU